AUGGAGCGACAAGCUCUGUCGGGACGACUUGUGGACUUGCUUCAGGAGCCAGCUAAGCAGCAGGCAGCCAUCGAUUUCGCUGGAAGCUGCCUCAUGAGCCUAGCUCUUUGGCAUCGAUUUGGCUCCGCAGAUUUUGCAGAGGCGCUGGGGUGGCUCGAGCGAACUGACUAUGCUGCUAUGGUGGCAACGCUGCCGACAAGGGCAGUAGAAGCUGCGAUCACCUUGUGGAAGUCGGGACUUCAUGCCGCAGGCGCAGACACCAUGCAGCAGCGGGGCGUCCGCCAGGUAGAGCUGCAAGCCUGGGAUAUGGGAAAUGACCGGCGUGAGACCGAGGAUGAGCUGCGUGCCGCAGAGGAUGCUGCGAAGCUCACAAGCUCAGCGCAGCACCUGCAGGCUCUGAAAGACUGUCGCGCCCGACGAGCGGAGGCGGCAGGUGAAGUCCUGGUGCGGAAAGCCUACGAAAGACUCACCGUGGGCCCAAGCAACUCGCUUUGGGACCUUUGGCGCAAGCGGGAGGCUGUUAUAAAGGCUGCUCUGGCUGGUGGUGGCUUCCGGCCCCUCA